GUUGUUCAUGUUGUUCAUGUUGUUCAUAGUUUCAUGUUGUUCAUGUUGUUCAUAGGUUCAUGUUGUUCAUGUUGAUCAUAGUUUCACGUGGUUCAUGUUGUUGAUAACGUUCAUGUUUAAGGACCUUGGACCUGAGCUCGCUCAGUCUGUGUUGCAACCACGGUUCCCUGAACAGAUGCACAGAGUUCAUGGAACCCGAGUGUCACUCAGCCGUGAGCAAACAGAAAGGAAUGGACGUGCGUUGCUUUCCGUCCGCCGGCUGCAAACAUUACAAAUGAGUUCUCUUAGUGACGCUCCAGUUCCCAGAAGUGUCCCAGCCUUUGCUCCCUCCCUACAAAGGAUAAACACAUUAGUAGAGAUAUUUACAUCAACCUUUCAGUUUGUGCAUUUAGACCAGCACCUGGUGGUCUGCAUUUAGACCAGUACCUGGUGGUCUGCAUUUAGACCAGUACCUGGUGGGCUGCACUCAGACUAGGACCUAUUGGGCUGCAUUUAGACCAGCACCUGGUGGUCUGCAUUUAGACCGGUACCUGGUGGGUCGUCUGCCGAAGCCAGGAAACAGAAGCUUCGGCUGCGUUUGCUCUGAAGGAAAAAAAAGACCCCCCCCCUCUCAGUAAAUCAAAGGGGGGGUCAGUCUGACAGCUUCAGGCCUCAGCAGCGAGGGAAACUCCUCCUCCGAGUGACUCACCAGCGCUGUUGGCCUCGUGGGUUCCUCUCACGGCUGAGCUCUUCCCACGGCCCCGUGCCGUCUGGACUUGUCCCAGAUGAAGACUCUUGACUCCUGAACAGCAGCACUCGUCCUCCAGCGUUUGAAGUGACAACAUGCAGCUUUUUGAACCCAUAUUUUAAUGAACUGAGAUUACUUGAACCUUGCUGUCUCGGAUUAUCCCCGUCAGUCAUUCUGGGCUCAAACAAGCCAUGGGCCGGCCACCGGCACUGGGGGGCCUCCUGCUGCUCCUCGGCCUGCAUGGGACCUGUGGGGGGUUCAAACACGAGAACUGCACCGACUACAAGCUCCAGUUCGAGAGGGUGUUCUCGGUCCCCGGGGACACGGCCAUGCUCAACAGCACCUUGGUGUCUCCGGACGUCUUCGACUUCACGACCGUCCCGUUCAGCGUCACCUGGUACGACCCGAAGACCGGCCUGGAGAUGAGCAACCAGAGCGGCCGCGUGCUGGUGGCCGGGGAGAUGCUGUGGGUCCUGAACCUGCAGCUGGAGGACUCUGGGGAAUACGUGACCGUGCUGAGGACUCCGUCUCGGUGCUACCGGCAGGCCACCAAGCUGCUGGUGGAGCCGCCGCCGGCUGCAGAGUGCGGGCGGCCGAGGAAAGCUCGUCAGACGCUGACCAACACGGUCACAGACGUGCUGAACUGCCCCCUGAAGGACUACGUGGGCCAGCUGGACCGCUACAACGUCACCUCACACCUCACGUGGUACAGGGGCUGUGAACGCAUCGUGGACGGGAAAGGCCGGUACACCUACUUGGAUAAGACCAAACUGAAGAUCGACGGGGUGGAGCCUAAUAACAACUCCUCCUACACCUGCACCCUGAACUUCACGCUCGGGGGCAUGAAUGGAUCCGUGUCAGAGACCAUCGAGGCGUGGGUCUCAGAGAAGUACUCUUUGACUCCACAAAUCCGUGAACCGGCCAACCAGAGACUGAAGGCCCCGAUGGGGUCCAGCUACAGCCAGCGCUGCCGGGUGUUUGUGCCGUGUGUCGGGAAGCCACGCGUUGACGUCGUCUGGAUGGACAGACACUCUUCAUUCAUCCUCAAUACCAAACCCGACCACAUCUACACCUCCAAACAAAGCUUCUGGAGACAGGAACUCCCCCGAGGUGUUUGGUUGGAGCGGGUGCUGAUGUUCUCCCGGCUGACGGAGGAGGACUUCUACGUCAACUACACUUGUCUAGCGCAGAGUUCCAGGGGCACCGUGAAGGGCUACUUCAGUCUGCUGCCUGCAGAUCCCAACAUCAUCCUCCCCAUUGGCUCGGCGCUCGGCGGCGUGACGGCUCUCUUCAUCGUCAGCAUCGUCCUCUACUACCUCUUGAAGGUCGACAUCGUGCUGUGGUUCAGGAGAGCGUUUCCUGUCCUCUACACCAACACAGACUUGGAUGGGAAGUGGUAUGACGCCUACGUGGCGUACCCCCAGGCCUGCGCCGCCGGCUUCAGCAAGGAGGUGGAGGCCUUCGCCCUGCACACGCUGCCUCAGGUGUUGGAGGAGGCCUGCGGCUACAAGCUCUUCAUCGCGGGCCGGGACUGCAUGCCGGGGACGGCCAUCGUGGACUCAGUGGAGGAGAACAUCCAAGCCAGUCGCCGCCUCCUGCUGCUCUACACCGCCUCCACCUUCACCAGCAGGAGACACACAAACAACAACAACAACAACAACAUCUCCAAGAGCAGCGAUGGCGACGACGACGUCUAUCCGGACAGCCGACAGCAGCUGGAAUGUGUGACAGCGAUGCACCGAGCGCUGCUGGAGGGGUCACUGAAGGUGAUCCUGGUGGAGUUGGAGAAGAUCUCCCCGGCUCAGCUGGCUCUCUUCCCAGAGUCGGUGCGUCACCUGAGGAAGAAGCAGGGCGCCGUGUGCUGGUGGAAGAACCCGAGCGAGAGGCGAGGGUGGAGGACGUGCACGGCCUGCACGACAGAGGACCAAGAGGAAGGAGGACGGGACGCCCUCUGCCCCUCCUCCGGGUUUUGGAAGGAGUUGAGGUAUCGGAUGCCGGUGAGGCCCAAGAGGGCAAUGUACCCCGAGAAAACGGCCCUGCUGAACCUGUGAGAGGUUCCAGGGAAAAGCUGGUGAACUGGUGACCUCUAGUGGUGAGGAAUGGGAGCGCUCAACCCUCCCAGUGGAGGUCGUCCCCAUAGACCUCCAAGGCCAAGCUUCUCAUAAACAUGUUCACAGCCUCGGGCUCUACUAUAGCGUGGAGAAGAAAGGUGCACGUUUUGAACUUUACAAGUGGAACAUUUCUGAUGGCAAAAGGGCCACACGUGUACAUCAUGUACAUGAGAUACAUUACAUCACAUUACAUUUCAUGUCAUUUAGCUGACGCUUUUAUCCAAAGCGACUUACAAUAAGUGCAUUAAACCAUGAGUCCAAACUCAGAACAACAA